AUGUGGCAUCGGUACAUAAUUGUUACUGUCGUGAUUUUCGCUUUGGUUUCAACAGCUCUUGGAGCCUGUAAAAUUCCAAAUGAGAGUCAUGCUAUAGACUUGGCGUUUGGGACCUUGAACGAAGGGAACGUCUCAAACAGUUCUUGUGACCAUUGGAAGCUGUCGCAGUCCGUCGUAGGCGAAGACGACACGUGCUCCUCCUUCUCAGGGUACGGUAGAUCACGAAAUAAUACUUACCUCCUUUUUGAAUUUUGGCGGAAUGUACCGGAAGCGAAGUACCCGCGGUCUUCCCGGCUGGUGGUCUUCAUGGUGGUUCGCGGCAGUCAGCCCACCGCAACGUUCGACAACGGUGUGUAUUCUUACGAUCCCCCCCUCGCUGACGAGCCCCAGCUGGGCGACAGUGGCACUCUGGUUGACAGCGCCGUGAUGUACAGCGAGAGGUCAUACCAGCGUAUUGUGGUGCCGCUAGGCGCCCAGUCCACCAACGGGGCGGACUGGUAUGUGACGGUGGCCAAUCUGGUUGAUCCUCAGCCUGUGCAGUACAAGUUCCGAGUGCAUGCAUUGACUGUACCGUGCUCGGGCUGUUCGCCGCGCCAUGCACCUGAUGUGGAUCGUCCCCUUCUCAAUACAAUCUGCUACUGCCAACGUGACUGGGGCGACUACAACUGUCAGAUACGCGCCCCGCAGCUCUCCAACGGCGAUGUCGUUUCCGCGCUCUUGUCCCCCGGCCAAUGGUCGUACUGGCAGCUGAGUGUGCCGCUGCCGGCAAACUGGGCGGAAACCCGCGGCCUCUACCCGGCGUUGCUGGUGGAGCUGAGCCGCUCGGGCGGCGACCGCUUCCCGCCUGGCCCGGCUGUCGGGCCGUACGGCGGCAACCCGGUCUUGAUGGUCAUGCCCAAGAAGGCCGAUGAAGGCAACCGAGUGCCGUACGAUAGAGACGGGUUUGCAGAUUGGUCGUCGUUUGUCCUACAGCAGAAUUUCCAUUACGUACUGGAUCGACACUUGGCUGAGCAUCUUUGGGAUGACAUACAUACUUGCCGACAUCCUUUCCGGCGGUGCAGCGACCCCUACGACCCCGCAGCGAAAAGUACGGCAUUGGGCUCGCCGGGCAAAACAAUACCGGCCACGAAUGAAUUUCUGUGCACCUGCAACAAAGGGUACGGCGGCCCCAUGUGCGAGGGCACCAUUAAGAACCUGACCCUGUCUACCUGGGGAGAUUCUGGCAGCGGCUAUCUAGAACCCGGGCAAUGGACCUUCUUUGCGUUUUACGUGGACCCCGGCCGUUUCGACAACUCCUCGGACGAUGCAAUUAUACAAUGGGUGGUGCGCAAUGUGAAUGGCAGCGGCGCUAACGAGCCACUGCCCUACCGCAAUGCGCUUUUGACGGUGAACAAGAUGGCGUUUCCACGGCUGCCUCAGAGUUUGAACGGCUUGGGGGAUCUGCUGUCGCGGGGAUGGCUGGUCCGGUACGACAUGUUGUUCUUGGAGGGCGGCCAGUGGAAGCCGAUCAGGGUAGUUGGGAGCCUUCUGGAACCCGGUUACUCGUACGUGCUGGGUAUGUACAACAGUGACUAUUCACUUCAGGCCCCCUACAACUACACCAUCAGUAUGUACGUCCCCACGCAAAGCCGCACCUGGUUGCACCCGUACAUGUCGGUAGUGCUGGGCGUCUCUGCCUCCAUCAUCCUCUGCCUCAUCAUGACGCUGUGUCGCCGGGUGUUGCAGCGGUACGGCUGGGGGCCCUUUAGGCCGCGAGGCAGCAUGUUGGACGGCGGAGGCCCGGACGGCGGGGGCAACUUGUCGCGGGUGCAGGCGGGCCAGUUGCACAGAGGUGUACCUGCCGAAAUCAUAGACGGCUUCCACUCGUACAAAUACCGGGCGACAAGCGCGGAGAAGGCGCAGCUCGCAAAGAGCAGACCUGAACCUGAACCUCAACCAGCUCAACCAUCACGACAGCCAUCGCAAGCGGCACUGCAAGCUCAACUGAUUGCACCCGGCAAUGGCGAUGCUCGACUGGAGUCGUCUCGAGGAGAGGCAGCUGGGCAGGGCGCUGUGGAGCUGGUACGAAUCGGUGCACCGCCGGCGGUUGCGGGAGGAGGGGGAUUAGGAAAGCCGGUGGCGACCACAUCGGCAGAGGCAGCGGCAGAGAUGGCACCAGCAAGUGGGAGCAACGAUGGCUCCAAACGCACGUCACUUGCCCCAUUUGCCGAGUGUCUCUCCUACCCGAACAACGUGGACCGGAGGAAAACCGACCAGGAAGUCAGGGCGACCCGGGAAGGCAGCAGUCUCAGCUACGGGUGCACAGGCAGCAGCAGCGGCCGCAGUCGCUGCAGCUGCCGCCGCCUGUGCAGGCAACGGUGUCCCCCCCAGCGGAUUCCAGGACGGAUGCCAUCACUGCUGUUAGCAGCACAGCUGCUUGCACGUGGCCCUUCGGCUACAUUGGACUCACCGUUGUACCACUCGCGAAGCGGCCGUGGCAAUGGCGGAGCCGCCUCCGCCGCCAUCGCUUCCGCCGCCCCUCCCGAGGCCCUCCUACCCACUGUGGCGGUCGGCUCGCCCCCGCUAUCACCGUCGUCUUGCCGCCUGGCGGCGGGCCGGCAGUCGCCAGUGUCGCCCGCAGGGGGGUUGCUGACACGGGCGCCAGGGCCCGAUGCAGCCGAAGCGGCCAAACCAGGUGUCAUCGCCGACACAGACCAUAUUGCCACCGGUGUUGUCGCUGACUAUGACGACCAAGGAAAGCUUGUCUCACUGGACAUACGCACGGCUUCGAAGCGGACACCAUGCCACGUCUUCAACUCUGGAGCAGAGGUGGAUGGCAAGCAGCCACUGGCCGUCAACUGGCAUCACAACACCGAGCAUGAACGACUUGUGGUGCGCCUUAGCUUGCGGGAUCGCUACGCUGUUAAUGCUGCAUUUUAUCGCUAG